UUUCAUGGUUCAGUGGUUCAUGAGCAGGAUGUAUAUUUAUACUCAUGUAUUUGUGCAGCUCUCCAUCAUCCAGGAGUGACUGGAGAUGCUGUUCUCCCCAGGUGUCGUUAACGGAGUCCUACUGAUCAAAGUGGUUCUCCUUCCACCAAGCUCCUUCCUGCUGAGAUGUGUUCCUCAGCCGUCCUCCGCUGCCUCGUUGAUUUCGGUCCGUUGCCUUGGCAACGGAUGUUCCCCCCCGAAACAGACCUGACUCAAGUCAAGCAGGACUUUGUUUCUUUUAUUUUCUAGGUUUAAACAGUCAGGGGAAAACUCAAUGAAUCAUGAAAAUGAAUCUGCAUCACUUUGAAUGCGGUGAUUUAUGAUUUGCCUCUGGGUGCAGUGUGCGUCCUGGACUCAUCGCUGGUUGGUUACCUGACUCCUCCCCCCUCAGCCCAGCGAGGCCACGGGCUGAUUUACGCCUCCCGGGGAGAUUUAUGUGUUUGUCUCAGCCGACUCGAGGUCUCUGAGUGUGACUUCAUCCGCGGUUCCUCAACGCCAGGCGCGAGCCGCUGAUUCAUGGCGGCUUUAAGUCAGCGAGCUUCUCCGGGAGUCAAGUUUCAGUAUCGACCUCCUUCACGCAGCAUCUCUGUUCUCCAUCCUCCGUCUCCGCCCUCCUCCUCUUCCUCCUCUCAGCGCCUCUUCCUCUGCAGGUGGAUGGAGGCUGGAAGCCCCGGAGACACGAGCCAUGCGGGGGAACCUCUGCCGUCAGACCGCUGAGCACCUCCCUUCGCGCCGGGUACCACAUCCUUAAAUGACCCGCGGCUGAGAAAAGGGGGUGUCUCCGGGAUCCAGCGCCCCCCCACCGGUCAUGGCAUGCUGCUCACACGGGGCAUCCAGCACUGACCAUGGGGCUCCGGUCCAGGACCGUCGCUAGCGGCUCGGAGGAGCAGAAGCAGACCUCCGGCGCUCCUCCCGGGGACCUGGACCAAGGCACCGGGGGAACGGACCGGGACGGCGCCCUGCUGCUGGCGGCCUCGGGCCGGGAGGACUUCAAGCGGGGCUCGCAGGGCAUCGGCAUCGGGCUGCUGGCCAAGACUCCGCUGAACUACACCGGACCCGCGAAGAGGAGCAACAACCGCAGGAGGCGCAUCCAGAACCUGCUGUACGACGCGCUGGAGAGGCCGAGGGGAUGGGCGCUGCUCUACCACGCCUUCGUCUUUCUGAUCGUUCUGGGAUGUUUGAUUCUUGCCAUUCUGACGACGUUCAGGGAGCACGAGAAGGUGUCUGCUCAUUGGCUCGUCAUCCUGGAAACCUUCGCCAUCUUCAUCUUCGGAGCGGAGUUCGCGCUGAGGGUCUGGGCGGCGGGAUGCUGCUGCCGCUACAAAGGCUGGAGGGGGAGGCUCAAGUUCGCCCGCAAACCCCUGUGCAUUCUGGACAUCUUCGUGCUGAUCGCCUCGGUGCCGGUGGUGGCGGUGCGUAACCAGGGCAACGUGUUGGCCACCUCCCUGCGCAGCCUGCGGUUCCUGCAGAUCCUGCGCAUGCUGCGCAUGGACCGGAGGGGCGGGACCUGGAAGCUGCUGGGGUCCGCCAUCUACGCCCACAGCAAGGAGCUGAUCACAGCCUGGUACAUCGGCUUCCUGUCCCUGAUCCUGGCGUCCUUCCUGGUCUACUUGGUGGAGAAGGACGACGUCUCCAUGGAUGUGUCCAACCCCGACAACCCCACCGCUCAGCCUAAACCGCAGGACUUCGACACCUACGCCGACGCGCUGUGGUGGGGGCUGAUCACGCUGACCACCAUCGGCUACGGGGACAAGACCCCAAAGACCUGGGCCGGGAGGCUGCUCGCCGGCACCUUCGCUCUGAUCGGAGUGUCCUUCUUCGCUCUGCCUGCAGGCAUCCUGGGUUCCGGCUUGGCUCUGAAGGUCCAGGAGCAGCACAGACAGAAGCACUUUGAGAAGCGCCGGCAUCCGGCCGCCGGACUCAUCCAGUCUGCCUGGAGAUAUUAUUCCACCAAUCCAAUCAGAGAAGACCUCAUUGCCACGUGGAGAUUUUAUGAAACCAUCAUCUCUUUGCCCUGCUUCAGGAAGGAUCACCUGGAGGCCAUCGCGAGCCAAAAAUUGAGUUUACUUGAGCGCGUUCGGCUCCCCAAUGCGCGGCCAUCGAUUGGGACGGGCAAGAGGCUCACGGGUCACACUGACUCCAUCGAGGAAAGCCCCUCCAAGGAGCCCAAACCCGCCGGCUUCAGUAACCGGGAACGCUUCCGCACCGCCUUCCGCAUGAAGGCCUACACGCUCCGCCAGAGCUCUGAAGAUGGCGGAGCCCUGGCAGAACCAGCCUUAGAGGAGCGGGGCUUCCCUCCGGACAUCCUCAUGGAGGAGAUGAUUCCCACGCUGAAACUAGUCAUCAGAGCGGUCAGGAUCAUGCAAUUCCUCUUGAACAAGAAGCGGUUUAAGGAAACCUUGAGGCCUUACGAUGUGAAGGACGUGAUCGAGCAGUACUCUGCCGGACACCUGGACAUGCUCUGUAGAAUCAAAUACCUCCAGACAAGGAUUGACAUGAUUCUCGCCCCUGGACCCCUCCUCACCCCCAAACAAAAGAAAACUCCCAAAACGCCCUUUAACUACCCGACCAAUCAGUCGCCCAGGCACGAGUCCUACCUGGCCAAAGCCACCUCCCUUCCAGAUGUGGAAGACCUGAGCAUGAUGGGGAGAUUUGUCCGAGUGGAGCGACAGGUGGAGGACAUGGAGAAGAAAUUGGACUUCCUGGUGGACAUGCACAUCCAGCACAGCGAGCACCUGCAGGUGGACUCUGCUGGCGCCGCCCACAUGACCCUGGAGGCCUGCCACCCGACGGGCGGCGGUGACAUUCGACGGGUUUUCUUCAACUACGGCGAGUCGUUCCCGCACCUGUCGUACCAGACGCCCGUCGGCAAGGUGAGCCCGUACCCCGGAAGAGGGAGGGGCCAUCCACCCCCGCCGCCACUGCUCCACCAGCGCCACCCUCCGGCCGCCGUGCCCACCUACGCCGAGCGCCCCACCGUGUUGCCCAUCAGCUCCCUGCAGGACUUGUCAGCGGGGCCGGGCAGGACCACAGGGGGGCGGGGGGGCGACUCGCCGCUCUCUAUGCUGUCGGUGAACCACGAGGAGCUGGAGCGCUCGCUGAGCGGGUUCAGUAUCUCUGGGGAGCGGGAUGAAGCUGGGGACCUGUUCACCGGGGGCGGGGGGGCAUCCGGGGACGCCAGCUGGACGAGACCCAAACCGAGCUACCUGGCGGAGGGGGAGACGGACACGGACACGGACCCCUUCACGCCAAGCGGGGGGGCGCUGCCUCUCUCUUCCACGGGGGAGGGGUUUGGGGACGCCGUGUGGAACACGCCGCCUUGAGGGGGAGGGUGCGCACGACCGCACCGAAAUCUGAGUUAAGACCUUAAAUCCAACCCCCCCUUCUAAACCCAAAUCAGCUUGGGUCGAAGCCACACCAAUGGACAGAACCAACGCUAGAGAGGGUCGUUGGGGGGGGGGGGGGGGGUCGAACCCGCCUUGAUGCUGCGAGGUCGUUGACCUUCUCAGGCCGAUCUCCUCGACCGACCGCACAGAGAGCCAUGGCACCCAGACUGCCCCCAAAAAAGACACGAACAAGUUUGUAAAAGUGAACCUGUGUACAGCGCACUCUUCACAGAGAUUUAGCUCGAAUAAGAGCACUAAUAUACUCACUAUAUCCACCCUAAAGCUUUAUUGCUCAAAGCCAACCGCACUGCAUGUAACGCAUGCCAUCUUUAGUGUAGACUCUGCAACGUUCAGGAACCGGAGAAAGCGAUCGAAUGGACACGUAUACCCGCUAUGCCAUUUUGUAACACUUAUUUUUUAUAUGAAUACAUUUUCAUGGUUUCUUGCAUGGUUUGCAUGACGAUGCAGCAUUCUAGGGGUGAGAACCAAAAGUCUCCUGUGUGUUUGGUGGGUGUGUGAAUGUGAGCGAGUGAGUGAGAGAGAGAGAGGGACUCAUCAAGGACGAGUUUCAGUUUGUGCUGUAAAACCUGACCGAGGAUCUCUUCUGUCCACAAUCUCUUUGCAUUUCACACCGCUGUGCUCUUGAGUUGUAUCUCAACACUUUAUGCAGACAACAUACAGCUAAAAAAGAAAAAAUUCAAGACACUAAAUCCCUGCUGCUUUUGCACAUGAAUUCAGGAAUAUAACCCUGUAGUUUAAACACAUUUCUUCUGCAAAGAAUCAAUAAAUUUAGUAUCGUACUCAUGUACAGUCACAGUUAUGGAUGCUUUCUUACAAUAAAUCCUGCACCGAGCCGUUUUUAUUGAUUUGUCUGCGUUUUGAACUUUCUGCCAACGCACACAUUCUGUCAGUCUGCAGCAACAAGAGCUUCACAGGAGGACCGCAGUAAUACUUUAGAUACCGAAUGUAACACCUGACCACCCUUUAUACCUACAGCAGGUCAAAGCACCUUCGGGGUCGGGGGGGGGGCUCCUCAGCAGGAGUCCUGCUGCAGUGAAUUUGGUUAUUCGUUAGUUUGAGUUAAAGCCAGCGAGGUUAUUGAGCCAAAAACAAACAGAACUUUUCCAUUUUAGGCCAAAUCAACAAUCCAAACAGGUCAAACUGUCAAUUGUUUAAAACAUUUUAAAUAGCAAAAAGAAAAACAUCAAAUGAUUCAACUGUAUAUCUGUGCUUGUAUUUAUCUUUUAAGAUAAUGAACUAAUAAUAUUAAUCUGAAAAAUAAGGAGUCACCACCGUUCUCUACCAUAAACAUAAACUAUUAUUUUACUGGUUAAAUUCACACAAUGUUUCCUUUUUUGUGCAAAAAUGACUUUCCGGUCGAAAUAAAUGACUCAAGAACCAUGAACCAAACCGUGUUUCUGUAUCUGCUGACUAAAUUUAAAUGACAUCAAUACCUUUAAACUUUAACACAGUGCCUUACCAAAGUGCCCACGUUAACAUCUAGAAGACAAAAACAAUUCCCCCAAAUUUACCAAACGUCAGUAUUGUUAAAUGUUUGUUUCAGCCACGUCGUUGUUUUUUUUACCAUUUAAAAACAUUAACCCUUUAAGCAAUACAAAAUUCUGUGUAAAUUAUUCUUAAAACUGCGAUUUGUGUGCGUUCUCCUUAUAAAGAUGGCUCCUACAACAAAAGACAAUCCGGAAAUAGAAAAACUUUAUCUGAACCGUCCGGAUGUGGCAAACUCCACCCGCCUGGCGCUCCCAGCCGGUGAAACAAGCACCCCCCUGUUGCUCUGGCAGACUGAAGCUGUGGGAAUCUGAUCCAAACGCCUUUUAGCAUCAUGUGUUCUUCUCGUGGUCUUAGAGUCCAGAAUCACACAGGUCCUAAACAUGGAUGCUGUUGUGUUACGAUGCGUUACACAAAUUGUCCCCUCGUGGGGACACGCACCACGAAGACGUCUCCCUACGUCCCUUCGUUGUCCUCGGCUCCUUUAUUCUUAUAGUGUGUGUUUUCAUCUUCAGUAAAAUGCUGCUUCGUAGCUUCGUUCCUCGAGGUCCAUUUCCUGAGCCAUGUGACUUGUGGCCUCCUCCUUCUUACCUUCUUAUCGGAUCAGCGCCACAGCAGCAUCGCACAUUACGGUUCAAUUCCAACAUGAUUUGUUGAAUAAAUUGUCUUCCAAAACUUGACUUGACAUGUUGACAAGAAAAAAAAUAUUUAGCAAUUUAUUUCUAUGAACCUGAAGUUAUUCUCAAUGAAUUCGUUAAAAAAAGCACAAAUGUUUUUAUGUUCGCCACCGACUCCUAAAAUGUUUUUUCUCACAUCAAAAAACCUGAAAAUGGAGUAAAAUCCAUUAUUUAUUUUUAAAUAACAAACUUAAUUGAUUUUUACAAAAAUCCCAUUUUGAAUUGUUGUCUCUUUUUGCAGCGCACAAACCACUGAAGUGCUAGCAUUACUUUUUAUAGUGUUAAUGCUUCCAUUUUAUUAGUUUUUCUAUCCUCUUGUUUUGGGAAAGAAAUGACUUUUUAUGUGUUAUGAUGCUCGAAUUCACACUGAAUUAUUUUGAAGGUUUUGUAUAUUUUUUAAAUUCUUCCUCAAAAUUACAACCGUAAACUUCUUAAAUACUUUUUAAGACGACCCUUCCUGCUCAAAGGAGCCGAGAAUCCCCCAAAGUUUCUCUUUGUUUUUUCAUUUGAAUCAUGGAGUGAUUUUCUGAGCUCGGGUUCCAGCACGUGACGAUAAUUCUGAGUGUUGUAGUUCACACGGAACCUACAUGUGUGACGAGAGGACAGGAGCACUUUGAUGGGGGGGAGCAUGCUGUCGUCAUGGCGACGUUUUAGAGAUUGCUGCGAAUGAUUUGUGCCUUUUUACAGUUUUCAGUGUUUUUGCACCACUAGUCGGGCUUUUCUCUUUCCAGCUGUCAGAAGGCAGCGCAGAGCUGGUUUCCGUGGCGACGGCUUGAUGCACACGGUAACGACGGGCCGUCCGACCUGGUCCCCGUGCCGACUAACCAAUGAGAGCGCAGGGGCGAAAGGCGGAGGAGGUUUGGUGCGUUUUCCGUGUUUUGGGCUAGGCUAAGCUAGGCUAAGCUAGGCUAAGCUAGGCUAGGUUGGCUGGUAGAUGUUUCUUUGAGAUGCACAGGAGGACAAACAGAAGAUGUCAUUUAUCUGUAAGAGACUCACUGAUAGUGAACAACACGUGGUUGUGAAUCUCUGCACGUUCCUCAGGUCGGCUUCAUCUCACACCACGAAUACAGCACCUCUUUUAUUCUGAAAGUUCCUAAAGUCACUAAAGAGAAGCUAAAGCCAUCAUGGUGGCAGCGUGGUGUGUGGAGUCCGUGCAUGAUCGGUUUCUCCUUCCAUCAUCCGUCAAACGUUUGAGUCCAAAUUCUGAAUAAUAUUCUGAAAAGAAGUAUAUUCAUAGUUCUCCAUUGAAUAAAGUGUUUAAUAGAAAUAGAAACCAGGCGAAUGGGGUUAACUUGUAUUCAUGUGUUCAUGUUGGAAGGCCAUUUCUUUUGUCAUCAUCAUAAAUGUGAUGUGGUGUCAUGUUUUCCUUUGUGGAUAAAGAAGCAGAAGAGAGCGACUUGUGCCAAAAGCUAUAAGUGAAGAUCCUGUUUAACAAUAACUACCCAUAAGAUACUGAAACAUGAGCCUGCAGCACAGCGACAGACAGCACAGCUUUUUACAGGAAGUCAUGAAGGAAACAGGAGAACAGAAGCAUGUUGAAGAUCUGCUGCUUUUAACUGAAAAUGUCUCAGCUUUGUGUUGAUUGACAGCAGCUUUCUGUGGUCUUAGGUUUCAUUUAAAGGACAGUUGGACAAACUCAAACUAGUGGCCUUCAGAGCUCUGCUUUAUUUUUAUUUUUUUUCAUUCUAGUUUGAAGAAAAAAAUGACUCACCAUUUCUUAUCUGUACUCGACCACUUUGAAUAUUUGAUCUCAUGAUAUAAUAUGCAAAUGUAUUCAUACUUGAUUUUUUUAAUUUGUUGUCUUUUCAAUCGCAGUUAUUAAUAAAGUAUUCAAUUGAAACAUG